AUGGCAGUCUCCGUAGCAUCUUUCACGUUCGCUUGUGUUUUACUUAUCGCCCUAGCAUGGGUCAGACGGUGGCGUAAACUGCGUGCGCGCCGGCUCGGUCUGCCCUACCCACCUGGCCCAGAGCCUCUUCCGGUCAUUGGAAACCUCAAAGAUUUUGACAUUGAGCACGCUACCGAGACUUACUACAAAUGGUCGCAGAAAUAUGGCGAACUCGUUUAUAUUAACGUUCUGGGACGGGACAUGAUUUUUAUCAACUCCUCCAAAGUCGCAGACGACCUAUUCGAGAAGCGAAUGGGCUGGGGUUGGACCUUCGGUAUGAUGCGCUACGGUGAAACAUGGCGGAAGCAUCGCAGAAUGUUUGAGAGCCAAUUCAAGCCCUCCUCAACCCGCGCAUACUGGCCGAUAAUGGCCACUCAGACCCAUAUGUUGCUCCGACGACUCCUAGACUCCCCAGACGACCUCGAUGAGCAUCUGCGGCAUAACGCCGCAAGUACGAUCAUGAAGCUCAUCUACGGCAUCGACAUCGCGCCGAAGAAUGACCGCUAUGUAGCAAUUGCCGAGGAGGCCUUGAUGGCCCUCGGCCAGGCAGCGGCUCCGGGCGCAUUCUUGGUGGACCUGCUUCCCAUCUUAAAGUACGUCCCCGCGUGGAUGCCCGGUGCGGGCUUCAAGCGAAAAGCAGCGCAGUGGAAAAAGACGCUCUAUGAGAUGCGUGAUGCGCCCUUCGAAGCUACUCGCGGACCCGCGCAGCCGUGUUUUGUCACAUCCGCUCUCAACAACAUUGAUCAAAAGGGUGACAUUGACGAGCAGAUGACUCUGGUCAAGCAGUGCGCCGGCAUGGCAUACGCUGCCGCUGCAGAGAGUAUGGUAGCAUCGCUGACCUCCUUCAUCCUGGCUAUGACUCUGUUCCCCGAGAUCCAGGAGAAGGCACAGCGCGAAUUAGACGCAGUCAUAGGCUCGCGGCUUCCCGAAUUCACCGAUAGGCCGCAGCUACCCUACAUUGACGCGAUCCUGCGUGAAGUGAUGCGAUGGUAUCCCGUAACACCUUCAGGCAUGCCACACAUGACGACGGAAGACGACGUUUACAACGGCUACUUCAUUCCGGCAGGCACAGCAGUGUUCGGUAACACAUGGGCUAUUUUACACGACCCGGAAGUGUACCCAGAGCCAAUGAAGUUCAAGCCCGAGCGGUACCUGACGGAGGACGGGAAGGGAUUCAAUUCCACUCCUGAGCCACUGUCAGCUUUCGGAUACGGAAGACGCAUAUGCGCUGGUCGACAUAUGGCAGAUGCCAUGCUCUGGAUGUCGGUGGCAUCUAUCCUGGCCUGCUUCAGAAUGACUCCCUGCCUCGACGAGCAUGGCAAACCCAUCCCGGUCAAGCCCGAAUUCACAACAGGCGCCAUCUGCGCCCCUCUCCCUUUCAAAUGCUCCAUUAAACCGCGUUCUGAAGCGUUCAGACGAGUGAUAGCGGAGACAGCGUUUCUGUAA